UGAAAUGUAUUUUGGGAAAGAGCGGUUUUAUCAAAAAAGUGGAAUACAAUUAAGUGUAUUUACCUUUUUUGUGUGUGCCGGCUUAGCCACUUUGACUUUCGAUUUUAUUUCACGGGUUUAAAUAAACCAAAGGUAAAACGUGUCAAAAUAUUAGGGUUCUACCCAAAAACUAUUCGACGGUCAUUUUUUAUGGUCCAUUUUUAAUUGUUUAUUUUUAAUGUUAGUCGGAAUAAACGAUUGAGUCUACUUUCCAUUACUUCAAAUGCGUAUAAUCUAUUAAUAAUGUUAUUAACCAAACGCAGCAAAAAAAGAAAAAAAAAGACCUUGCUCUUCCGCCGGUGGGAAUUACACAGACACUGUUUCGUAUAGGAAAAAAUAGAAACUCCGCUAACAUCACUCAUUAUUUCAACCAACAUUGACAUCACCUCCGAGCAAUGGGUUGGCUACGGUGCUUCAUCGUUAUCUGCUCACAGAACGUUGCCAAAGAUGAUCAGUUCAUGGCAGCUGUUGUGGGUCGUUUUUUUUUUCUACAUCAUUUUUCUCGAGAAAGGGAGAGCACAGGACAAUGACCCCAAUCCAUCGCAGCGCCUUCAUCGUAUGCUCUUUAAUAGCUCGCACGUGAGGGACGCUCUUCCAAUGCUUGAUAGGUCUCAGCCGAUCCUCGUCAAGUUUGGCUUUGACCUCAUCAACAUAGUAGAUGUGAAUGCAAAACAGCAAGCGAUCACCGUGUACGGAUGGGUACGACAAAUGUGGAAUAAUUCCUUGUUGACCUGGGACCCGGCUUUGUUCGGAGGUCUGGACAUACUCCACGUGAGUGCGAAAGACGUUUGGGUCCCUGACAUACUGCUCUUCUAUAACGUUGAUGAGCAAGACCAAACAGCAGGCGGUCGGACGACGUACAAGACAGACGUAAUAAUGUACAGCAAUGGAACCAACAAAUGGAGAAGUCCCGCACUCCUAAAGAGCAUAUGCAAAAUAAAGGUUAAGUUCUUUCCCUUCGAUAGCCAGACAUGCAAGCUCAAAUUCGGCUCAUUUUCCCACGAUAUUACCACACUUGACAUGUCCCCAAUGAAUCUGACCUUCCCGACACGGUACUACCAAAAAAAUGGAGAAUGGUCUAUCUACGAUAUCGACAUUGUCGGCAGCCACAGCCAGUACAACGGAUUUCCUAAUCAGUUUGCUGAUGUUACCUUGACAAUCUGGAUGCGGCGUGAAUCGCUGGAUUAUUUCAUUAAUUUGAUAAUCCCCUGCUGCCUCAUCUCGUCAAUGAUCUUCUUGGGUUUUGUACUACCCCCGGAGUCGGGCGAGCGAAUUGGGUUAAGCAUCACCGUUCUGUUGGCCAUGACCGUCUUUCAGCAGCUAACUUCAGAGAUUAUGCCGGCGUAUGACUUCCCGCUUCUUGGUCAAUACUAUUUCGCGAUUGUUCUCGAGAUAGGAGCUUCUCUCGUGGUAACCACGAUGAUACUGAAUUUCUAUCACCGCACCAACCGGAAAAUGCCACAGUGGUUGCGAACGCUUAUACUCAAUUGGACUUCGCGAGUUGUUCUUUUGCACGACGUUGUUGUCAAAACAGAUCCAAGAAGACAAAUGAGCUUUAAUCCGGCAGCAAAACGCCGCACAAUGCACAAGAGCGACAACCAGUCAGCUAACAUUGUGAGAGCCAGAAGCAUGCGUCAAACACGGCGGAAGAAAGACCCAGAGAUUGGCGACGAGGGAGGAUUUGAGCUCGCCUACCCUGAAACCUUCUUCGCAAAUGAUAACCACAAUGAAAAUAAAGAAUCUGACAAUCAUCAUCUCAAUCGAAACAAUAAUUUCUCCCUCGUGGAAAAUAGGAGCAUGCGUGAGAAUAGAGUUGAUGAAGGUGCUCAGUGUCAUCAAUGGGAUUACGACGCUGAGAUAAGUGAAGAAGAGCGCUGCCACAGGCAUUGGGAAUGGACUCUCGCGGCCAAGAUCUUGGAUCGCUUUGUACUGUGUGUUGCAGUCGUAUUAGGAAUUGUCACGGUUGGUGCAAUUUUCCUUCGGGCGCCUUCACUUUGGGACAGACCGAAGGAACUAGAGAAAGAAUAUCCGAAAUAUAUCUAAUGCCAGAAAGAAAGAAAGCUUACUCCAGCUUUUAAGAUAACAGUAGUGCCAUAACCGUACGGUAAAACUGUUUGAUGAGUCAGCGUGGAGUUUGAGAUAUCCAAAAAAACAAUUGAAUUUUUUCUAUCUAGGGAACUUGCAGUCAGUUUCAUUUCGAAGGUUCGAGUUUUCCGAAUAGAAAUGACUUUAAAUUUGUCUCUAAACAAAUUGAAGUGAGUUCAAGUAGAGGGAAGCUUGACUUAAUCGGUGUUCCUCUUUAAUUCCUUUAUGGCAGUAGUAUUCCUUUACUCAUUACCAGGCGAGCCGCAUCUUUAGUCCAGUAAGUCAUAAAGUCAACUUCAACAGAUAAUUUGAAAAAAAGUUAUGUGGAUUGACAAUCAUUUAAGAUGAAUUGUCAGAUAACAGUGACUUUUCUCGAUCAGCAGGACAAGUAAACCUUCAAACAACUGCUUGAAAAUAUAAGUAAUUGUCCCUUUCCGAAAAACUUCAAAAUAUUCAUUAAGGUUGGACAAAAGUGGUCCAUACUUAGUAUAAAGGCUUAGUAUAUAUAUGGAAUGUUUAAUGGUAAUGCAAAAUUGUGGUAAUUGUUUGCUGCAGAAACAUCAAUAAUCCAGUAUUAAGGCAUUUUGCCAGUUGGGGGAACGGAUUUGAUCUCAAUGAUUUCCAGUUUAAAAACGAAAGGAAAUCAAUAUGAAAUUCAUUUAAACAUUUGAAUAAUAAAAACACUUAUUUGCUUUGUUAAUAGAAGUAAAGAUAAUUCUACUCUAGAUUGAAAACGGCGAAAAAAGAUUUAUCUCUUGCAAAAAAACCUGGUCUGUUUUGGCCUCUGUCAGCCGCAAUUUUGUCAUCCAUUUUAGCAUGAUACCAAGUAAGAGAAGGCAUCCAUUUCCAUCGGCUGAUAUGAGAAAGCUGUGUUGUUUUCGAUUGAAUUCUUUGAAUAAAGAUGUUAUCAGUGA